AUGUCGUCAGUAAACAAUGAUAACGAUAAUAAAAUAUGUGAAUUAUUUGAUUUUUCUUAUGAAGAUAAUUUUGAUAAUAGUACAACUAAAGGUAAUAUCGGUGAGCUACAAGCGUUUAUACGAUUACGUGAAAUUCAAGGUUGUUUUAUUUCUCGAAGACCUAUUUUACCAAAUGGUGAUGGAAAAAUUGAUUUACAAGGAUAUCAAAAAGAUACUUAUUAUAUUAUUCAAGUCAAAUAUCACAAAAAACAAAUUUGUGAAGUUACGGAUCAAGUUGUAGAAAAAAAAAAAAUUAAAGAAUUUGAACAAUUUUUAGAUGAGGUUAAACAUUAUCCAAACGCUAAAGCUAUUUUUUAUGACACUUCUGGAGUAGAAAUAUAUAAAGAUAUACACGAAAAUUAUGAUAAUGGUAGAAUAUUUGUGGUCGAUUCAAUCGAAGAUAUGAUUGGAUUGAUUGAAAGCAUUUCAAAAGGAAAGCAUAAAGAAAAGAUCUUGUGUAAAAGACCACAGAAUAAAUUAACUGAGAAAAAAGAUAUUGGAAAAUAUUUAAAAGAUUUGAAUGAAAAGUAUAUGGAAUUAUACGCUAUUAAUUAUGAAUUUAGAUUUCCUUUUGAAUUAAAAGGAAAUGAAAACGAAAUCGGAUAUUCCGGAAUCGAUUUUGUUGGAUUUUAUAAAGUUCCUAAGAUUAAACAUCCAAUUUCGAUUAGAGACGAAAGUUCAAUAAAGAAAGUUGAUGAUAAAAAUUUAAAUAAUGAUAAUCUUAAAUUACUAAAAAGAUAUUAUCGAGAAUUUUUUAAAGCAGUGUCUGUAUAUUUACAUACUGGUUAUUUGGGAAUUUUUAUAGUCGAUCAAUCCUUUUAUAAUGAUAAUAGUUUGAACGAAUAUUAUUUUAUUGAUCAGGAAAUUAUUGUUUGCACGAAAGAAAAUAUUCUUAAAAACGUUCGUAAAUAUUUUGAUUUUGAUUCAGAGUUUCGAAAAAGACGUCGUUUUUCAAAACGAAUGAUUAAUAAUUUGGAAAAGGUGAAUCAAGAAUUAAAACAUAAAAUAGGAACAUUGAAAAAACAGUUAAAAGAAAAGUAG